CCACUGGCUGACCCCCGCUCUCGCCACAGUGGUGUAUGAGGCUGUGACGGCUCCCCACGGCGCCGGGGGAGUCUCAGCCAGAAGGAGCCGCGGGGGCUGCCCGUCGCUCGCACCCCGGAGGGGGCGGAGGGGGGGACAGAGGCAUCCAGCGCAGCAGAAGUGGCUGGAUGCAUCGCACCGUGGAACAGCUGGGGGGCCGGGCCGGACGGGAUCCCUUUGCUCUCAGCAGCCUGAGCUGCGGCGGGGCCUGGAACCCCGGCCACUCCCGCCCAUGGCUCCCGGGCGGCAGGUGCUCUGCCAGCAUCGGACAGUCUCAGCUGCCCCCACAUCUCCCAACACCUCAUGGCACUAAUAUCGGGCACCCCAACAAACCCUAUUUCCCCUCUGGGAGCUCUGCCCCCCGGCCCCUGCAUGGCAAGCUUGAGGCCAUCCACGGCUGCGUGCAGGCCCUGCUGCGGGACCCAGUGCAGCCACAGCUGUGGGAGCAGCUGGGGCAGGUCUACGAGUCGGAGCAGGACUGGGAGGAGGCCGUGCGGUGCUACCAGAAUGCGGCCCGCUACCAGCGCGACUAUGGGAACUACAGCGAGAUCAGCGCCCGCAUCGGGCGCCUGCAGCAGGCUCAGCUGUGGAAUUUCCACUCGGGUUCGUCCCAUCACCGGAGCAAGGCCCUGCCCCCCCUGCAGCAGGUGUGGAACCUCCUGCACCUCGAGGUGAGCACACGCCGGCCCUGCGCCCCCCCGCCCCCUUCCUCCGCCAGCCGGGGGCCCCCCGAUCCGGGCCCUGCCCCGCCCCCCCUGCCCUGGCUGAAGGGCCCAGGCGUCCGGGACCAGGGGGAGGGCGCGGCCGGGGGGGACCCCCUGGACGAGAUCCUGUUCGGGUGCGGGGGGGAGCCCCAGCUGGGUCCCUGCGACUCGGCCGGGCCCCGGGGGGGCUUCCAAGAUUCCACCACCAGCAGCCAGGGGAGUAGGGGGGCCGGGGCGCCCCGGCGGGAGGGCGAACCCAGCCCCCCACCGCCCCCCACCCCCUCCCCCCCGCCCACCUACCACUGCGCCUUUGCCAAGCAGGAGCCCCCGCCCCCCGACUUCUGGCUGGAGACGCCCCGCGAAGCUCGGCCGCUGGAGGGUGGGGAGGGGGUCCCCAAGUCCUCCCCCGGCCCCCCAAAUACCUCAGGACACUUCAGGCCCCAGCCGAGCCCCCCGCCCCCACCGCCCAGGGCCUCCUACCCAAAGACGCUGCCUCCAGAGCGGCCCCCCCCGGAAACGCCCCCCGGGGCAGCCCGGCGCCUCUUCGUUCCCGGCCCCCCCCUGGAGGACCAGUUCGAGGAGCCCCCCGAGUUCUCCAAGAUCCUGCCCGACGGCUUGGCCAACAUCAUGAAGAUGCUGGACGAGUCGAUCCGGCGGGAGGAGGAGGAACGUGAGGCCGGGCCCCCUCCCGGCUUCCCGCCCCCUCCCGCCCCGCUCCUGCCCGGCCCGCCCCCCCUGGCCAGACCAAAGCCACCGCCGGCCCCCCCGUUCGAGUUCCCCAAGCCGGAGCCGCCCCGGCUCUAUCCCUUCGGCAAGCGGGAGGAGGCAGGGAAGGGCCCACCCAGCACGGCCAGCCUCCUGCGGUCAUUGGCCAGCGUGCUGGAGGGGCAGAAACAUGCCUACCGGCCCAAGCCCCCUGCCGCGGCGAAGAAGCCCCCGGCCCCGCCGCCACCACUGCCGCCGGCGUCUUCCUCGCCGUAUUCUACCUCAAGCCAGGCCUGGGCUGGGGGCGCCCGGGGCGAGGAGCCGGCGGGGGCCUCGCCGGAGCCCCGGGCCCCCAAGACGGAGUCAGAGGUGCUGGAAGAAAUCAGCCGGGCCUGCGAGACCCUGGUGGAGCAGGCGGGGCGGGAGCCCAGCCCAGCCCCCCGGCCGCCCACGCCUCCAGCCACGCCGCCCCGCCGGCCGGAGAAGGAGCACCGGCGGCACCGGCGGGCGGGCAAGGACGGGCGGCGGCACCGGCGGGAGGGCAAAGCCCCCAAGGAGAAGAACCGGCAGGUGCUCGGCAACCUGGACCCGCAGCGCACGGACUGCCAGGCGCGGGAGAACGGUGCCCAGGGCGAGGCGGGCAGAGCCAGCAAGCCGUCCCCGCCCGCCGCCUCCCAGUCCGAGCGCCGCCCACCCACCCGCAAGGAGGAGGGCCCGGGCCCCGCCGGCGUGUGCCCGGCCGACCUGCUAAAGCUGCGCUCCUUCACUGAGGGGCCCCCCAAGGAACUCAAGAUCCGGCUCAUCAAGGUGGAGAGCGGGGACAAGGAGACCUUCAUCGCCUCCGAGGUGGAGGAGCGGCGCCUCCCGCUGGCCGAGCUCACCAUCGCCCACAGUGCCGCUGACGUGGUGCGGGCCAGCAAGCACGCCAAGGUGAAGGGGAAGUUCAAGGAGUCGUAUCUGUCGGCCGCCCAGUCCGUCAAACCCCUCAUCAACGCCGAGGAGAAGCUGCCCCGAGAGAAACUCAACCCCCCCACGCCCAGCAUCUACGUGAGUGAUGCCGCCAGGGGGCAGGGACCCAGGAAUCUGACUCGUGUGGGGGGAGAUACCGGCUUGGGGGUCUGGGCUGAAGGCGGACGGGGAUACCGGAGGAGGAGAACAGACGGGGCUGGGGUGGGAUGGGGAUACCGGAGGGGGCUGGGAGCACACAGGGAUACUGGAGGCACCCGGGGGGAUGGGGACACCGGAGAGGUCUGGGGGCGGCAGGGAUACCGGAGGGACGGGGGGGCUCUGGGGGACGGGGGCCCUGCCUGUGAUUCUCUCCCGUGGCCGAUGCAGACGGGGGGGCUCUGGGGGACGGGGGCCCGGCCCGUGACUCUCUCCCAUGCCCAUAUCCCCCCUCCCCCAGACCUGGGCCUGUUCAGCACGAAGACACUGGUGGAGGCCAGCGGGGAGCACGCCGUGGAGGUCCGCACCCAGGUGCAGCAGCCCUCGGACGAGAACUGGGACCUGUCGGGCACCCGCCAGGUGUGGCCGUGCGAGAGCAGCCGCUCGCACACCACCAUCGCCAAGUACGCCCAGUACCAGGCCUCCUCCUUCCAGGAGUCGCUGCAGGAGGAAAAGGAAAGUGACGAGGAUGACACCGAAGAACCCGACAGCACCACGGAGACGCCCCCCAGCAGCAACGCGGACCAGAAAUCCCACCAGAUCAUCAAAUUCGGGACCAACAUCGACCUGUCUGACGCCAAGCGGUGGAAGCCGCAGCUGCAGGAGCUGCUGAAGCUACCGGCCUUCAUGCGGGUCACGUCGACGGGCAACAUGUUGAGUCACGUGGGUCACACCAUCCUGGGCAUGAACACGGUGCAGCUCUACAUGAAAGUGCCAGGCAGCCGGACGCCAGGCCACCAGGAGAACAACAACUUCUGCUCCGUGAACAUCAACAUCGGGCCAGGCGACUGCGAGUGGUUCGCGGUGCACGAGCAUUACUGGGAGACCAUCAGCGCCUUCUGCGACAGGCACGGCGUGGACUACUUGACGGGCUCCUGGUGGCCCAUCCUGGAGGACCUGUACAAGUCGAACAUCCCCGUGUACCGGUUCAUCCAGCGCCCCGGGGACCUGGUGUGGAUUAAUGCAGGCACCGUGCACUGGGUGCAGGCCACGGGCUGGUGUAACAACAUCGCCUGGAACGUCGGGCCCCUCACAGCCUAUCAAUACCAGCUGGCCCUGGAGCGCUACGAGUGGAACGAGGUGAAGAACGUGAAAUCCAUUGUGCCCAUGAUCCACGUCUCGUGGAACGUCGCCCGGACGGUCAAGAUCAGCGACCCCGACCUCUACAAGAUGAUCAAGUAUUGCCUCAUGCAGUCCAUCAAGCACUGCCAGGUGCUGCGGGAGACCCUGAUGCGUUCGGGGAAGAAGAUCGCCUACCAGGGCCGGGUGAAGGACGAGCCGGCGUACUAUUGCAACGAGUGUGACGUGGAGGUGUUCAAUAUCCUGUUCGUGACGAGCGAGAAUGGCAGCAAGAACACGUAUCUGGUGCACUGCGAGGACUGCGCCCGCCAGCGCAGCACCGCACUGCACGGCGUGGUGGUGCUGGAGCAGUACAAGACGGAGGAGCUGAUGCAGAUCUACGACAGCUUCACCCUGGCUGGAUCCCCCAGCUCCAGAUGAGCCAGACCUCGCCCAGGUACUUCCUGGGCAGAGACAGGAAUCAGCUCCCCCUUCCCUGGUGUCCCCUGCCCCGCUGGGGAAAGGAGGGGACAUCUCGCACUGCCCGUCCCAGUGGCCAAUCGCAGACAAGCUCUUGUUUACACCGGAACCGCUCCGGCCCAAUCAGCUUUGCUGUUGAAACAAGGGGGAGGGGGCGGAGCCCCAGAAGCAGCCAAUCUCCUGCGUGAUCCGAGGAGCCAAUCCGCAAGCAGCCUGUGAAUACAGAAACUCAAA